UCCGCCCGCGCCCCGCGCCCGCUCGACUCCGGAGGCGCCCGCAGCCCGGCCAGUCCCGCUUGCCCCCUCCCCGGGGGGCCAUGGGGGAGCCCCCGGGCUACCGGCCCUCGGCUUGGGUGUAUCUGCUCCACCAGCUGCCCCACACCGACUUCCAGCUCCGCCCGGUGCCCAGCAGCUUCGCUCCCCAGGAGCAGGAAUACCAGCAGGCCCUGCUGCUGGUGGUGGCCUUGGCGGGCCUCGGCCUGGGCUUGAGUCUCAUCUUCAUCGCUGUCUACCUCAUUCGCUUCUGCUGCUGCCGGCCCCCAGAGCCACCGAGGACCAAGAGCCCCCAGCCCGGGGGAGGCUGCGUUACCUGGAGCUGUGUGACGGCCCUUCUCAUUGGCUGCGCAGGCAUCGGCAUCGGUUUCUAUGGCAACAGCGAGACCAGCGAUGGCGUGGCUCAGCUCAGCUCGGCUCUGCUUCAUGCCAAUCACACGCUCAGUGCCGUGGACCACCUGGUGUUUGAGACAGUGGAGAGGCUGGGUGAGGCGGUGAGGACCGAGCUGACCACCCUCGAGGAAGUGCUCACGCCACGCACGGAGCUGGUGGCCGCAGCCCGGGGGGCCAGGCGGCAGGUGGAGGCAGUGGCCCACCAGUUCCUGGGGCUGGCCUUCUGGCAGGGCGUGCCCCUCAGCCCCCUGCAAGUGGCUGAAGACGUGUCCUUUGUGGAGGAGUACAGGUGGCUGGCUUAUGUCCUCUUUCUCCUCCUCGAGCUCCUGGUCUGCCUCUUCACCCUCCUGGGCCUGGCCAAGCAGAGCAAGUGGCUGGUGAUUGUGAUGACCGUGAUGAGCCUGGUGGCUCUUGUCCUAAGCUGGGGCUCCAUGGGCCUGGAGGCAGCCGCCGCCAUGGGCCUCAGCGACUUCUGCUCCAACCCAGAUGCCUAUGUCCUGAACCUGACCCAAGAGGAGACGGGGCUCAGCUCAGACAUCCUGAACUAUUAUUUCCUCUGCAACCAGGCGGUCUCCAACCCCUUCCAACAGAGGCUGACUCUGUCGCAGCGAGCUCUGGCCAACAUUCACUCCCAGCUGCAGGGUCUGGAGAGAGAAGCUGUCCCCCAGUUUCCAUCUGCACAGAGACCUCUGCUGUCCUUGGAGGAGACACUCAAUGUGACAGAGGGAAACUUCCACCAUUUGGUGGCUCUGCUGCACUGCCGUGGCCUGCACAAGGACUACGGCGCGGCGCUGCGCGGCCUGUGUGAGGACGCCCUGGAGGGCCUGCUCUGCCUGCUGCUCUUCUCGCUGCUGUCCGCGGGGGCGCUGGCCACCGCCCUCUGCAGCCUGCCCCGCGCCUGGACGUUCUUCCCGCCCAGUGACGACUAUGAUGACACGGACGAUGAUGACCCUUUCAACCCUCAGGAAUCCAAGCGCUUCGUGCAGUGGCAGUCGUCUAUCUGAGCCUCUCCUCCCCGCCAGGCUGCAGCCGGCCCCCGCCUUC